UCAUGUCCGUGCCUGUCAGUCGUGUCGGUUCUACCUCUCACAUGGGGAAUGUACUGUAGGUGCGCAGUCUGGCACUUCCUGAUGGGUGCUUAUGUAUUUAAUCUGUCAGCGGCACCGUUUCUUAGAGCCCAGUAUAGGGGAGCCCAGGGGAAGGCAAGUUCUGGAACUGGAACACUGUGACUGGAGCUGAGCAGAACUGUCAGUGGAACCAGAGAGUGCAAAAUGCAGGGGCCCAUGGAUAGGAACGCUAACCAAUUAAAGCUCAGCGGGGGCUCAGAGAGUCCCACGAUGUUUAAGAAUCAGGACUUCCACGCACUGAGGGAUCUGCACCUGAGGAAGGGCGUGUUGUUCAACGAUGAGGAAUUCCCAGCAGACAUGCGCGUCAUAGGGCCUCAUUUAAUAGAUGAGUUCAAGAUACACAACAUGGAAUGGAGACGGCCGCCGGAAUUCUGCAAAAAUCCCCAUUUAAUUGUGGACGGAGCCAGUUACUUUGACAUUGUACAAAGUAAAAUAGGUGAUUGCUGGGUUUUGUCUACAAUUGGAUCCGUUACCCAGAAGCAAACGUUACUGAGAAACAUCAUUCCAGCUGAUCAAGGGUUUACCAGAAACUACGCUGGCAUCUUCCAUUUCAGGUUCUGGUAUUCCGGGAAAUGGGUCGACGUUGUGAUAGACGACCGACUGCCUUUUUUAAAUGGGGACUUUUUUUCUGUCCGGGCCAGUUGUGCGAAGGAAUACUGGCCCUGCCUUCUGGAGAAAGCAUACGCCAAACUUCUUGGGAGUUACCAAAACUUGCACUGGGGAGAUCCUGCCGAAGCCUUGGUCAACUUUACAGGCGCAUUAACACUGACGUUGAAGCUGAAGGGAGGAGACCUGCAUCAUUCUGAUAUAUGGGAGAUGGUCCAUAAAUCAAGCCAAAAGGCACUGAUCACUUGUAUAAGUGAAAAAGCGGAGGUAAUGACCCACAACAGGAGAUACAGCGUUCCAAGUGCGAUGGAAGGCCGGGAUGAGCGCCGGAGGAGCGACCCUGCCAAUAAGUACAUAGAAAAUAUUCACGUUGAUAACGGCCUAGUGGAUCGACAUGCUUAUACUGUAACUGACACGGCGCAGGUUUACAGGGAAGGGUGUGUGAAUUUAAUUCGCCUGUGGAAUCCAUGGGGACGAGGAGAAUGGAUCGGCCGCUGGAGCGACAAUUGCUCCUGGUGGAACGACAUUGAUCCAGAAGACAGAAAGAAGCUGAAUACAAAGAGAGAAGAUGGAGAGUUUUGGAUGUCUUGGGAAACUUUUGUCCAGCAGUUUUCCCGGGUCAUUAUCUGCAGCCCCACGCUGGACUUUUUGAAUUGGGGACGUGACCAAAGGUCUUGGCACAAAACUUCCUAUGAGAACAUCUGGCCCAAAGCAAGUGGGUUGGAGGACAGUUUUAACAAAGAUUUAUUCUGCAAGAAUCCCCAGUACCUUAUACGGAUCAGCCCAUCGGAUGAAGUACAGAAAGGAUAUAAUGUCAUCAUUUCGCUGAUGCAAAACCACAGGAACAGACAGAAGUUUGGGCGGGGCUGGCUGCCGAUUGGCUUUCUGGUUUCCAAGGUGGACGCUGAGUUACCAGAUCCGCAGAGGAAGAUGCCGGGCUCGUUUUUCCUCAAAGAUCUCCAGUCAGGAAUCCACAUUAACAAGCAGCGAGAUGUGACCAAAGGUUUAAAACUGGCAUCCGGCCGAUACGUCAUCACCCCCUUUAAUGCGGAUCGGAGCCAGGAGUCAUCGUUUCUGCUGCAGGUUUUCCUGAGGAGUCAGGGUUGCACUGUGGAGCUUGGUGAUUCCCAGAGCUUUCUGAAAAAUGAAGAAAAGACACAAGAAGAAACAUUCAUGAAAUAUGCCACUCAGGGAGGCAAAAUGAAUUCCCAGGAUCUUCAGAAGUUUCUGAAUGAUGUUAUUUCAAAAGGGUUUGCACCCCAUGGAGGAAUCAGAUUCAGUACAGAGGCCAGUCGAUCCAUGUUGGCAUCAAUGGAUUUCACUUGCAAUGGAAAAUUGGAACUUGAAUUCUUCAUGCGACUCUGGAGGUACCUCAACCAUUUUAAGGCGAUAUUCACUGAUGUUGAUGUCGAUCAAAAUGGAUUUAUUGGUCUCUCGGAAUUAAGGAAAGCUGCGAAAUCUGCAGGAAUGGCGGUCAGCAGUGACCAACUUACCAUCUUGCUCUUAAGAUACGGAGAUUAUGAAAUGAAACUCAAUUUUGAAGACUACUUGUGCUGCAUGGUGCGACUGAAAUCCGCCUUCAAAAGGUUUCAGAUGUUGACAAGUGACGGAAAAGGAGUUUAUCUUACCGAAGGCAAGUGGCUGAAAAUAAUGAUGUCGUGCUAAAUGGGUUUCAUUUGGAAAACGCUACAACAAACCACGUGGAUCCUUAUUGGAACUUAGUGGAACUUCUCUUCACUUAUCUUAUGGGUUUUUGUCAAUUAAACUUGAGCGUUCUUGUGCCUCUC